GGGGCCUUGGUAGAUAAACUUGUCUGCGUGACAGUAUAGAGAGCAGUGUAGGCUGCAGCAUUUGGCCUUCAGAUGUCUCUCACUUUCUGUGAGGGAGGAGGAAGAAACCAUUUCUACAGGAGGGAGGGGGGUGUUUGAUUCUGGAAGCGUCAGACUGGGGGGUGCUGAGAGUUAUAGUUGUACCCCCUUCUGUGUCUGUGCUGAGCUGCCAAUCACUGUUCCUUCUGUCUACAGAGUCCUCAAACGGAACCAGAACCCUUUUAGACCCACAGAGACUCCUGGAUAUGAGAAGUUCUGACCGAAAUAAUCAGUUGCUCCCAGCAAAGAUCCCCAAUCAGGAAGCCAAGAGCAGCGCGAGUGAGAGGGGGCGCCGGGGGGAGUCUGCACGGGGUCGGCACAAGUUUCGGGGGUCACUAGAGUCCAACCACAGGAAAGGAAUGUGCCCUGCCCCCCUGGGGUCCCCCCAUCGCUCUCAUUCUGUUCUCUGCAUGGUCUUCUCCCCGAGGAUCACGGUGCCCAGAAGGUUAGAGGAGGAGACUCUUCUGCUCAUCAGAGGAUUUCCCAGGUUCCCAUUGGCUUUGCUGAAGAGUUUGCUAUGUCCAGACACCCCCCGCUGUUCCAAGGGACCCUCAGAGCCACAGAUAUCGGAUAGAAGGAAGUUCAGGAACAAAGGACAGACAACCAAUGGGCGGAUCUCAUGUUGGCACGGGGCGGAGCAUGGAGAGCUGGCACUGGGUUUGAGUCGGGAUGGACCAAGAAGGCCACUUACAGCUCCUCUCGGUGGGACCACCAUGUCUUCAUACCAUCUCCGGUCAGAAAGGGGCAUCCUGGCCAGGGAAGUGGCCGACGUGUUGGGAGAAAAGGAACAGCCUCAUCUGGUUUCCAUCGGAGAGAUGAAGAACUCCCUGAAGAAGGACUUGGAGAAGCACCAGACUUACCUGACGGAUCUAGAACUCCGCUUGGCUGGUCUGGAACGCCGGGCUGAAGAUGUUACCAAACACCUAGAACAAGCCAACCUUGAGCUGAAAGCCCUGAAGCUGGGCAGCGCCACCCUGAAGAACCUUGUGGAUCAGGAGACGUUCGGUCCCGCAGGCAGAGACCAAGAGGCCUGGGAGCCCAGUAUGGGAGACCCAAAGGAACCAAACUGCCACCGACCCACUUGGAACAAAAAUCUGAUUAUUCCCCCGGAACAAAAGCCAGGCAACCAACCCGCCCCAGAGGCUCGCAGACCCGGCCAUAAAGCGGAUAAGGCUUUUCCCACGAUGGGGGCACCAAGGGGCCAAGAGGAGGUACAGAUGUGCCUGUCCCAGUGCCAAGUUCAGAUUGAGGUUCUGAUCCGUCGGGUCAACAAGCAGAUUCAUCAGAUUGAAGGGAAAGUCUCCGGGAAGAAACCCUGCCUGGGCCUUAAAAGCAGAGAAAUCUGAGGGGAAGAAGAACAGUAGGACCUGGGCCUGUACUGAUCCCGAGUGGGCCGUUCCUUGGCUGCCUAUUGGCUCCUUCUCCCUGACGUGCCAUGCUGGCUGCCCAUUGGCUCCUUCCCAGGAAUGGAAAUGAUUUGUUCACCAUCUUAAACCAGAUUCAGACAAGCUCCUCCCAGUUCUGCUUUUAAUGAACGUAAGAAGUUGUUAUGGAAUGUUAAUCUAUCCAGUAAUUAAAUAUUUAUAUGUUGCACAAUA